CCAUCCUUUCUUCUUAUUCACAUAAUUCCCCUUCUUCUUCAACCUCCUCAACCUUCUCCUUCUUCCUUUUCAGUUUCGGACUCUGUUUUCUCCUCCACCCGUCUUCUUCAAUCUAUAAUAAUAUCCUUUACUUCUUCAUUCUUUUCCCCUCUGAUUUCUUCUUCCACUUCAACAUUCAUCUCAUUUCUUUUUCUUCUCUCUAUCUACCCACAACUUCUUUCAUCUUAACAAUCAACCCCUUCUUAAUUUCACUCUCUUCUUCUUCUUCCUCUUCCUAAUCUUAUAAUUACUUCUUUUUUCUUGCCUUUUUUGUACGGAUGAAACACCUUUUGAGUUUCUCUUAACCUGCCUGCCAAUCUGAUUGAUUCUCUUUGUUUUUUCCUUGGCUUCCACCCCUACAACUUGGUUUACUUCGGUGCCUACUCACUCGAUUUUAGGGUUUUUGAAUAACCAUCUUUAAACGUAGAAGUGGAACUAAAUCGGUUCGAUUUCAAGCUUUGGAAUGCAAACCCAGUUGGAAAUAUGACUAUUUAGGGUUGUUUAUUCUUUAAAGUACGGAAGAUUUCUUGGUUACUGUAAAUUGGAAGAAGAUUUGCAGUGGAAGAGGAGUUAGCCAUGGGUGCUGUGAACAUGGAAUUACAAAACACUGGGGGAGGUCUCUGUUCUGACAGCAUUAGUUCAGCUGGUUAUGAACCAACUGUAUCCCCUGAUCAACACUCAUCGCCAAAUGUUCAAUUGAAGGAAUUUUGUCCCAAGGUGAGGAAACCUUACACAAUCACAAAACAAAGAGAAAGGUGGAAAGAGGAAGAGCAUGAAAAGUUUAUAGAAGCUUUGAAGCUGUACGGUCGCGAUUGGCGACAAAUAGAAGAGCAUGUGGGCACGAAGACCGCAGUUCAGAUUCGUAGCCAUGCUCAGAAGUUCUUCUCCAAGGUCACACGUAAUUCAAAUGGGUGUAGCACAACUUCAGUAGGAUGCAUCGAGAUUCCUCCUCCACGUCCUAAACGAAAGCCAGCUCAUCCAUAUCCCCGAAAAGAAGUACCUCAAUCUCGUAAGGCAUCUCCCAUAUCAGAACAGACAAGGUCUUUGUCUCCACAACUUUCAGAAAAAGAAUGCCCGUCUCCAACAUCAAUAGUUGUAGCAGGGAAUGGUUCAGAUACACUAAUGUUCACUGAUUCAAGGAUCCAUCACGACAGUGGAUCUCCUGAUUCGUCUAUUCCAUCCACGGAACCAAACUCAUCUUCAUUGGACAACGAGUCUCUAACAGCAGCCCUAGGGACGGAAAAUUCAAUCCCUCAUGAUAACAUUCCAACGAACCUGGAGUUAUUUACAAAGGAUGAUGUGAUUGAAAAAGAUGACUCUACAAAAGAAGUAUCAAUCCAGAGUCUGAAGCUCUUUGGAAGAACUGUAUUAAUAACAGAUCCCCACAAACAAAGUCCGAUUUUAGAGAACAGCAUGCCUGAGGCUGACCGUAAACCAGGGGACAACCAAAAGCAAGUAUCACCAUGGAACUCCAUAGUGAUGGACUCUUCUACAGGAAAUACAGAUUGCACUUGGAAUCAUGGAGCUUUCUAUUUCAUACAACUCAAUAACGGAGACUCAAAGCAAGGCCCCGGUUCUGCAGUUCCAGUAUCGUGGUGGAGCUCCUAUGGCAGUUAUCCAUUUUCUUUUGUGCACUGUUUCAAACAAGCAGAUUCAAAUGCAAAUCAAGUCGAUGAUAAGGAAACUCACAAGGAUCAAUCAUGGUGCGGGUCUAACACUGGAUCAGUAAACAGUGGGGAAAACGGUGAUAAAGCUAGCGAAAAUGACAUCCAAAGCUGCAGAUUAUUUCACAACAAUAGAGAUGGAGAUUCAGUUUCUAAAGAGGAGUUGAUUGGAAAAGCAUUGUCUUUUGAAUUAAUAAGUAGCCAUGAAAAGAAUACCAAAGGGUUUGUUCCUUACAAAAGAUGCAUGGCAGAGGGAGCUACAAAAUCCCAUACAAUCACAGAAGCAGAGAGGGAGGAGAAGAGGAUUAGGCUUUGCUUAUAGAAUGAAAUUAAAUUGUGUACAGGGCAUUAUGGAGCACACAAGAGGCUUAAGUGAUAUAAUCUCAGGUUUAUAAAAAGAUGGUACAAAUCUGAUCAAAAUCACAACAUCACUGGCCUUGGCUUCUUUAAAGUUUUGCCUUAUUUAGUAUUAUUAUAUUUUUUAACAAUGUCCUUUUUCAUAAGUUUUCCUUUGUUCAUUAUAUAUAAUUAUGUUCUUUCUUGCUCAUCUAAAUAAUUUUAUCACUUUGUAACUGUAAAUUCUCACUUCUUUGGUGGAAUCUCAAAGAUUCGACUUUCUUUUAAAGAGAUUAAAACUUCAUUUUGUUC